UAAAGCUUAUGUAUAAUCAUUGAUAAUAUAAAUGAAAGAACAGAAUAAAAACAAAUAGAAAAAAAUAUUUCAUCAUUAAAUUAACCGGGGUAUGUGAGGGAAUUGCGGGCAAAGACUUGCGCCAAGACCACCCUUCAAGAAGAGUUGCGCAAGCGUAUGUCAUCGUUCAACCCUUGCUAACACGUCCUGGUGAGCAACAGAGUGCUGUAUACCCCCGCCCACGUAUUAUUCGGCGUAUAACCACGUUUGUAAUCAAACAAACCAGACGAGUGUCGUCUUAGACAUUAAAUAAUGUCUGCUUCAUUUCAUUGUGGCUAUUUCCCAGCCAUCAAGUAGUCUACCAAAAUUAUCAACACGGAAGAAUAAUGAUUCUUACUGGAUCAGACCAUUUUCUAACGGGCUCUAUAGGGGUGACUGCUUUCCUAGGAGCUAUAGCCGCAUUUGUCACUGUUCUUCUAGUCCUCUUUUUAUAUCUGGCAAAAAAAUGGACAUUUACACCUGUCUCACAAACAGCUCUGUUCGGUGGAAUUUAUGUACCACUUAAUGAUCCUAACAAUUGUUCUACAUCACCAGUUUCAAAAAAUUUAGAUAAAAUAUUCUCUUAUUCAGAUCCUGAAACAAGUUCUGAUUCUGAAGAAGAUGCUUUACGGCGAUUACAAAACUCUCAUUCUCGACACCACAUUGACACACUCACUAUUCAAGCUGAAGAUGGACCAAUGGUUGUUGAUACAGUUACGCCUUCUCAUAACUGCAACGAAGAACACCUUUCCGAUCAACAAGAGUGUAUUGUCGAGGUUGGAUCUUCUAACAUUCUUUUGGAAACAAGAGAAUCAGAAGAAGUAAUUGAAGAAGUUUGUACUCCUUCUUCGAGUGAGACAGCACCACCACUAACAGGAAUCAUUGAUGAACUGGGAAGUUUAGAAGUUGCAUUUUUAUAUGAUGCGCCAAUGCGCGAAAUGACUGUACAAGUUCUUCAAGGACUUAAUUAUCCUUCGGGAAUAGGAGGAAGCCAAGUACGACUUGUGCUACUUCCAUCAAAGAAGCAGAGACGUAAGACUCGUGUUCGUCAAGGUACAUCACCACAGUAUAUGGAGAGUUUCUUGUUGCCUCGUGUCAACCCAGAAGAUGUUAAUGCUAUGGGAGUGAGGCUACGAGUUUAUUUGUUGGGAGGCAGAAUGCGUCGAGAACGACUUUUGGGAGAAGCUCGUGUUUGUUUUGAUCAAAUAAAUCUUCAACUUGAAACUACAUUGUGUUUACCUCUUCAAUCUCCACCUUCUUCACCGGUUCAGAAGUGGGGUACAACAACGAGUUUAACUCGAAGUGAUUCGACAGGUUCUCAACAGUCAGUUCAGUCAUACGCAUCUCCAACGACACCACCCUAUGGAAGUAGUAUGAAGGGUGGUAGCAUAGCUGAAAUUUUAAUCGGGCUUGCCUACAAUGGAACUACCGGUCGAUUGUCAGUGGAGAUAAUCAAAGGUUCGCAUUUUCGAGGUGGUGGAGGCAAUGAUUCAAAACCACCGGAUACAUAUGUGAAGCUUACACUCGUUGAUAGCAACAGUCAUGAAAUGGGGCGAUCUAAAACUGGAUUGAGACGAGCACAACCAAAUCCACUCUACAAAGAGACUUUUAUAUUUCAGGUAGCCCUAUUUCAGCUUGGUGAUGUUACGCUUUUUAUCUCAGUUUAUAAUAGACGACGUUCAGCGAUGGGUAAAAAAGGACGGGAAAUGAUUGGUUGGUUGUGUCUUGGAUUAAAUAGCUCUGGGCCGGAAGAGCUUCAACAUUGGAAUGAUAUGCGUGCUUCUAGACAACCAACUCAAGUACAGCGUUGGCACGCUCUUUUACGACCGUAAUUUGGAAAUGGAAAAGUUUUGUGGGAAAGUUUAUUUAAUUGAAAUCUCGUAUUGAGAGAAUUGUUCAAUUGAAGAUAUUCCGUUAAUGAAAUGACGGAGAAUACUUCGAGAGUGGGACAGACGGUUCCUGAUUAGUUUUGGAAGUGUAAUUUUGAGACGUGGAAACAUUUUUUUGAGAGAUCAAUAAUCCUCAUAACAAUUUUUACUGCCCGAUGGAACACCGAAGUCAAUUUUCCAUUGUUGUCAUCCUUUUCAUGAAGAAUAUUUGGUGACAUUAUUUGUAUGUAUUAAUGAACGUACUUCGGUUAUGGGCAGCUUCAACUUUUGAUUGUUUCGUCACAAGACGAAGUCAUUUUUUGUGAAACUGGUAAAAACAAAAGAAUCUUGUUUACAUGAACACAUUGUCAACCGGUUUUAAUUUACAACAUGAAUUUUAUCUUUUUUUAUUUUAUCUUUUUUUUUCAUGUAUUAAUCACCUGUGCCUGGGUCAACAAUUGUCACUUAUUCAGUUUUACUUUUCGUGCCUUUAAUCUUUUAAACGCUUAUUCAUUGUAAAUUUAAUUCAGCACAAUAUCAGAAAAUUCUUACUAAAAAAAUUGUUCUAGAUUAAACCAUUGCCGAUUAAUCUAGAUUUUCUCUGAAAGAGAAAAAAAAAUAAACAAAAAAAAACAUAUUUUAAAACGUGCUAAUUAAGUACGUUGCGAUUUAGUAUUUAACACUCAACGACGCACAAUUCACAUCCGCACCUCAUAAUGCAGAUUGUGAUUUUUAGUAUUGAUACUAUUUGGCUACAGUUAGAAUAAUAUUGAUCUUGAUGAAUGACAGAUAUAGUAAUGCUAAAUUAAAAUUAAUAUAUUGAGUAUAGUAUGAAAAUUUGACAAAUAAUGGUCAAAAAAAUGAAUGCUGUGAAUUUUUCAGUAAUUAUAGAUUUUGAAUUUUUAAACCAUUCAACAUUAUUUACUACAGUUUAAUCUACAUUCAUAUCGUUAUUUCAUUCACUUCUGAAAGAAGUACAUAGUUGAAGAAAAAAAAUCCAGAAUCAUUGCCUGAUUAAAGUUUAAAUAAGUUUUAAUGAGAAAAUAAAUAUUGCGACUAGAAAUAUUUGCCAAAAAAGUAUAGAUUAUCUACAUUUUUACAAAGAAUUUCACGAAAAUCGAAUAUACUUUCGAUGUAUUACUGCUAAGCAUUUUUCGAAUAAUACUAGAAUCUUUAUGAGGUUCUCGUAAAUAAUGUUGUAUUCAAUAUAAGAGUGAUCUAUUUGUAAUUGAUGGAAUCACAAUUUUUUCUACAGUUGGUUCGUAUUUAAUAAGAAUUAUAAUAAUAAUGAUAAUCUAUGUGAUUGGAUUUCAAUUAAUUUGUCAAUCUGUCAUUGCUAAUAAAGAAAAGAAAGGGAACAAGAAGUUAAGAAUCGUUCAAUUUAAAACUUAUAGAUUGAAAUUUAAGGAGUGUUGAUAAAGAUGUGAUUGGAUUUUUGUCCACGUUUUAUCUAACGCACCCUUUUUCUCAAUGAUUAAUUCAUUGAAAAUUAAACGUCUACUGCACAAACAAAAAAUUACCUUGAUCAAUGUUAUUACUUAAUUAAUCAAUUACACUUGUCGCGUUUUAUAAAAAGAAAUGUAUUCCGAUAUUACAAAAUUAAUACAUUUAUGAUAGUUGUUACUUAAUCACGUAAGCUAAAAAUAAAAAAGAUACUGAUCAAAGUC